AUGGCUCCCUCUGCUACCUCCCCGGUACCGGCCCUCGAGAAAGAAGACCACGACCGCGAUGCUGCCUUCAACAAGGCGCUCCAUGGUAAAUCAGCCGAUGCUGCUGGUGGCUUAAUGGCAAUGCGCUCCAAAGAUAAAGCGGCCCAAAAAGCUGCCGUCGACGAGUACUUUAAACACUGGGACAACAAAUCCGCAGCCACGGAGACUGAAGAAACUCGCAAGGCACGAAGAGAUGAAUAUGCUACCUUGACAAGACAGUGGGUGUUGGCCCUUCUAACGCUAACAACGUGUCCAACUAACCGUGUGGACAGCUACUACAACCUUGCCACUGAUCUGUACGAAUACGGUUGGGGCACUUCGUUCCAUUUCUGUCGCUUUGCCGCGGGAGAGUCCUUCUACAAGGCCAUCGCCCGGCAUGAACAUUAUCUCGCCCUCAAAAUGGGCAUGCAAGAGAACUGGCGGGUCCUGGAUGUGGGCUGCGGUGUGGGCGGACCUGCUCGUGAAAUGAUCAAGUUCACUGGAGCCAACGUCGUGGGACUGAACAAUAACGACUAUCAAAUUGAACGGUCGCUACGAUAUGCAAAGAAGGAGGGCCUCGGCGAUAAGUUCUCUGCGGUCAAAGGUGAUUUCAUGCAAAUGUCCUUUCCCGAGAACAGCUUUGAUGCUGUGUACGCCAUCGAAGCCACGGUCCACGCCCCGAGCUUGCAGGGAGUCUAUGAGCAGAUUUUCCGGGUGCUGAAGCCUGGUGGUGUCUUUGGAGUGUAUGAGUGGCUCAUGACAGACAACUACGAUAACGACAAUCCCGAGCACCGCGAGAUCCGACUGGGUAUCGAACAGGGCGACGGGAUUUCCAAUAUGGUCAAAGUCUCAGAAGGGUUGGCCGCUAUUAAGGCCGCCGGUUUCGAGCUGGAGCAUCACGAGGAUCUCGCCGAGAGACCGGACGCAAUCCCUUGGUACUAUCCGCUCGCCGGCGAGUUCAAAUACAUGGGCAGCAUUGGGGACAUCUUCACCAUCGGGCGCAUGACGUGGUGGGGACGAGGCCUGAUCCAUAAGUUCAUUGGGGUUGGCGAGACCUUGAGAGUGAUGCCUCCUGGCACGCAAAAGACGGCCGACAGCCUGGCAGUAGCGGCUGACUGUCUGGUUGCCGGUGGGAGGCAGAAGCUGUUUACCCCAAUGUACUUGAUGAUUGCGCGAAAACCCAAAGCUUGA